CGCUUGCGCAUUGUUGUCCGCUGGUCCCUCUCCACCACGCCUGCGCAGUGUGGGAGUUGUGAAUGGGGUAGUAGUGGGGGAGGGCUUGCAGUCUAAGAUAGGGAGUUAGACUAAAGGAGCCAGGAAGUAAGUUUGAGUCUUCUUUUUUUGUUGCCGACGAGAGACUGUUAAGAAAAAGCCGCUGGUUGUGUAGACGGGAACACACGCUGAAAUCUGGGGAAGACGAGUGAAGGAAGGAAACAGACUCACAUGGUGACCGAGGAGUGACGUAUUUAAACGGUUUGGAGCGGGGAAGGAAGGAUUGGGACUCGCUUUAGCAAAUACACACGGGUCACUAGCAGGGCUGCAGAUACAUCAUUGCCGUGCAGUUCACGCAUCCUCAGUCACACUGACACACACUAGCGAAUACCUGCACACAAGCGGAGGGGAGAGCCAGGGAAAGGCAGACCGGAUCCUCGACUAGGAGUGCUGUUGCUUUUGCUUUUAAACAAGACGGAAGAAAGGUUGCGGAAGAUGCCACGGGUCGUCCCCGAUCAAAGAAGCAAAUUUGAGAACGAGGAGUUCUUCAGAAAAUUGAGCAGAGAGUGCGAGAUCAAAUAUACGGGAUUCAGAGAUCGCCCGCACGAAGAGAGGCAAGCUAGAUUUCAGAAUGCAUGUCGGGACGGCCGGUCAGAGAUCGCUUUUGUGGCGACAGGAACCAAUCUGUCUUUGCAGUUUUUUCCUGCAAACUUGCACGGGGAACAGAGGCAAACGCCAACCAGAGAAUACGUGGAUUUCGAGCGGGAGACCAGCAAGGUUCACCUCAAGGCCCCCAUGAUCCUGAACGGGGUCUGUGUGUUCUGGAAGGGCUGGAUUGACCUGCAGAGACUGGAUGGUAUGGGCGUCCUGGAGUUUGAUGAAGAAAGAGCACAGCAAGAGGAUACUGUAGUGCAGCAGGCCUUCGAGGAGCAGAGGAGAAGGACUCGAGACUUUGAUGACAGAGACAGGUCUCAUCGGGAGGACAUGGAGGACCUGGUUGGAUCAAAAACCUGGACUGUUGAUGGCUCUCAAGGAUCAGGGCAAGGCGACAGCAGGAUCCAAGCCCGGGAUCCAACAUGGGAAGCGGAGACGACCUCAAACUUCGCUGAUCGCUGCUGAGUGGUGGGGCUGUGGGGCUGUGUGCGUAGAUGUUUACAGGGGACCAAAGUUGAGAGAGGGCUGGAGGGGUUCGGCUAGCCCUUCUCCUGGCCUGUGGCGGGGGUGUUUCUCUCCUCCUGCCAGGGUUUUGCACUAUGUUUAUGUUACAGUACCCACGUUGCCGAUCGUAUGCAUGUAGCUAGUAGCACCUCUGCGUGUGAGUUUUGUUUCCUAUGCAAGCUUAUUUUUAAUUGUGUGUGUGGUGUGUGUUUUUUUUUUUUUUUUAAUUGGCACCAUUUUUAAAUAAGAAAAAAAAAAAGUUUCCAGGUCAGGACUUUUCCUUUUUUUUUUUUUUCUUUUUAUAUAUA